AUGAUUGCAAAUGCGAUGCUUGCCACCACUACCACUCGAUUUGUGCCCGUGGCCGCUGAGGUUGCAGUCUCGGUUGCGGUGCGCGCUCUCGCAGGCAAAUUAGCUUUCCAAGCAGGCAGGUGGAAAAGCACGGGGCAGCUGGGGCUUGGCAGCUGGCCGACGAGUAAUCUGCCGCGCCCUCGCCGUGGGCAACAGGGAAAAACAGCGGGUGAAUCCCGUGAGACGGGGGUCGCGGCGGAGGCUGCUGCUCUGCUGGCUGCUGCUGGUGGACGUGUGCGUGCGACCCUCUCAAAUCGACUCGUUUCGCACAAAGUUCGUGUCUGCUGGCGAGGCACGCUGGCGAGCAGAGGGCUGCGGUAUGGCCCAGGGGAGGCGGGCGGCGAGGUGGAUGUGUCGCGCCCACGCUGCACGACGGCCGCUGCUGCUGCUGCUGCUGCUGGCGGUGCGCUGCAGUCAGCGGAGAGCGACGCCGUGGGGUGUGCGGCGGCGGCGGUGGUGGUCGCGGGCUGCUGUUGGCUGCUGGCCGCUGGCGUGUGUUGGUGCAGUGUCGUCAAUUCACGCUUUACUGGCGUGGGCAAGCGCCAGUCGAGAUGA